CGAGAACGCGGGAAGUCCAUCCGAUGGCGACACCGAAGCUCUUGCUCCCGCUCGUCGCGCUAUGGCUGCUCGGGAACAUGGUGUUUUUCUAUUGCUACGAAGUGGUCAUCUUCCUUGCGUUCCGCGCAUGGAGUCCGUCGCUGUACCGAUCCUAUAUGGCGGCGGUGCAAACGGCGUGGGUAGACGUCAUCGCCACCGCGUUUCCCACGACAGACCUCAUCGUCAGCGGCCAAUUGCCCACGGACCCGACGAAACCCGCCAUCAUUCUCUGCAACCAUCAAAUCGAUGCCGACUGGUGGUAUUUAUGGGAUCUCGCGCGGCGUCUGGGUGGUGGCGGGAACCUCAAAAUCUGUUUGAAGCAAGAGCUCAAAUACGUUCCCAUCUUUGGGUGGGGUCUCGACUUGCUCGAAUUCUUGUUUGUCAAGCGGAACGUUGAGCACGACCGUGUGCAUGUCAACCAGCACAUGGCGCGGUUUGUCCGGGAGAAGUUUCCCUUUUGGAUGCUCGUGUUCCCAGAAGGCACGACGAUUCAUGCGGAGGUGAUGGAAAAGUCGCAACGAUUUGCCCAACGGACGAACCGCCCCGAGUUGACGCGACUGCUUCUUCCGCGGACGACGGGGCUGCACACGAUGCUCGCCGCGACAGAGCAGAUCAAACCCGAUGUGUACGACCUCACGAUGGCGUAUCCAACAUACAGCGGAGAGGUGCCGACGGCGGCGAUGGGGUACAGCCGGAAGAAGGACACUGGCGUGCCGUCCAUGACGGAUGUGUUGUGCGGCCGCGGCCCCACAACCGUGUGGAUUCACGGCGCCAAGCAUACUUUUGACGACGUGUUUGAGAACGAGGAAGCCUUUCUCGACAACGCGUGGCAAGCCAAGGAGAAGUUGCUAUCGGACUUUAUCUCCAACCAGGUGCACGAUCCGUAUCCAGUUGCAUGGCAUGCUGACGGAGAGCUGCAGGAGUUUGCACCGGCGGUGAAACGACGGAUGCUGCAGUCGCAGCGGUCGUGGACGAACAUUGUGCAGUUGUGGGCAUCGGCGGCCGUGGCGCUCGCGCUGUCUCCAGUGGUGGCAUGUUUUGCUGGCGCAUAUCAUGCAGCGUCGGCGGCCAAGCACGUGGCGGCCUGGACGUCGUCGUGCUUGGUGCCGUCGAAACCAGUGGACAAGACAAUUUAAUUUGAUGUGGAACGUCCUUGCGCAGCUGCGGUCGGUCCGUCGGCACGAAGGACCUGCGACGCAGUGUCUACGCAUUCUCGAGACACGUGCAACUAGCCGAUCGGGAGUUGGGAG